AUGGAGGAUGCCAUUAUUGGAGAGUUGAAGCAAACGUCUCGAAGACUCCAAGAUCCAGGCGAGGAUACAAUCAUCAAACAGCUGGUACCUGAUAUUAUUCCACCUGUGGAAAGUAUCCCCGACCACAGACUGGAAGAUGAACGAGAUCAAGCCUUGUUCGACUCUGCCCCUGCGCCGCUCAACCAAAACACCAUGCGCUAUCUAAUAUGCUGCCAUAGCAUUCAUCUGAAGAUGCCAAACCUAAGAGGAGAGUCAGGCUUACACAUAAGGUGCUAG